UGUUUAUUUGGAUUGGACUCUCUAACCUACAUAACCAAAGAGUAUAAAUAAUAAAGAAAGUACACCAUCGAAGAAGAUGAGUAAUUUCGGAGGAUUCCAGCCUGGGUCGGCAACGGCUAAUCCAUCUACCAAAGUUGAAAUUACGGUUUCGUGUCGCAACCUUAUUGAUAAAGAUGUUCUUUCCAAGUCGGAUCCAAUUUGUGUACUGUAUACAGCACAAUUGGGUACAGAUAAGUUUGCUGAGUUUGAGAGAACUGAGAUCAUACAAAACAACUUGAAUCCAGAUUUUGUGAAGAAGUUUAUUUUAGACUAUUAUUUUGAAGAAUGUCAAAGACUCAAAUUUGAAAUCUAUGAUAUAGACUCGGCCAGUUCAAAACUGAAUCGUCAUGAUUUUCUUGGAGCGGCUCAGUGCUCAUUAGGUCAAAUUCUUGGGUCAGCAGGGAAUAGGCUCCAGUUGCCAUUACAAAUCUCUAGCUUUACCAUAGCCCAUAAGACAGAAUACAUAAAGAACACCUUAGAUCCAACCUGGAGAGAGUUCUGUAUUCCAGUGGCAUCGCUGUGUAAUGGAGACUAUGAUCGUACAAUAAAAGUGGAAUGCUAUGAUUGGGAUAGCGAUGGAAGUGAUGAUUUUAUUGGUGAGUUCAGAACCAACAUGAGACACUUACGAGAGGGUACUCCACAUGAAAAUACAUAUGAGCUGAUCAACCCGAAAAAAAAGGCCAAGAAAAAAGGGUACAAAUCGUCUGGUACUAUUUCAUUAAUAAAAUGUACUGUGGAAGCAGGAGUCUCUUUUCUUGACUAUAUCACAGGAGGAACACAAGUUAAUUUUACUGUGGCCAUUGAUUUUACUGCAUCAAAUGGGGCACCAUCACAGGCUAACUCCUUGCAUUACAUUAGCGGUAACAGAAUAAAUGCUUACGAACAAGCCAUAAUGGCCGUAGGCCAGAUCCUACAGGACUAUGAUUCGGACAAGCUCUUUCCAGUCUUGGGGUUCGGUGCCAGAAUUCCACCAGACGGAAGAGUUUCGCAUGAAUUUGCUGUAAAUUUCAAUGAACAAAACCCCUUUUGUGCUGGAAUCCAAGGGGUAAUGCAGGCCUACAAAUCAUGUCUACCAUACAUUCAACUACACGGUCCUACAAAUUUUUCACCAGUUAUAAAUCAUGUGGCAAGGUUUGCACAAGCUUAUCCUGAUGGCUCAAACUACUUUAUCUUAUUGAUUAUAACUGAUGGCAUUAUUUCUGAUAUGGACUUCACCAAGGAUGCAAUUAUAAAGGCAAGCAGUUUACCACUGUCCAUUAUCAUCAUUGGAGUUGGCCCUGCAGAAUUUGAUGCUAUGGAAGUUCUUGAUGGCGACAAACAAAUUCUUUCUUACAGAGGAAAAAAUGCAGAACGUGAUAUUGUCCAGUUUGUUCCCUUGAGAGACUUUGUUGGUGGUGUAGGCUCUUCAUCGAGUGCGAUGCUAAGCCAAGCUAGACUAGCCAAGGAGGUCUUAGCAGAGGUACCUGACCAGUUUCUUUCAUGGAUGAAGAAACACGGCAUAAAGCCAAAUCCAUCUCCUCCUCAGCAGCCAAAUCAACAAAGCCAUCCUGCACCAACCCAACAGCAUAAACCACAGGGCUACCCAGUUCCAAUGCAGUCACCUAGCCAACAUGGUUACCCAGCUCAGCAGUCUAGCCAAUACGGCUAUCAAGCUUCAAUGCAACAGCCUAGCCAGCAGGGCUAUCCAGGUGCUUCUACAGUUCAUGCUGGUGGCUCAUACCCAGGACAGGCACCACCUCAGUACCAGCAGCCUACUGCUGCUUACCACACCCAGGACCGAUUUGCCUCUCAAACUGCAGCCCAACCUACAGCUCCAUCAGCCCCCCCUGCAUUUUGAGGGACAAAAAAGGAUUGAUUUUACCAUACCAAAGGUGUGCCCAGGCAAGGAUGUAUGAGCCUUAUUGUGUGCUUUAGGUUAAAUCCUUUCUACAUAAAACGCAUGGCCUACCCAGUGGUGAUUCCAGAAACCUGCUGAUAAACGGUCUAAAUAGUCCCGCAGGGGCCCAAAUCAAAGGACUUCCAAUCAGGAUUGGAAUACAACCCCUGGUGGUGGUCAAGGGAUAAAGAUUUUAUGGUUUAAAUAGUACAAAUUGUACUUUUUACACCAAAAUACUAGGGACUAAAUCUCUUUGGUUGAAUGGGUAAAUUAUUAGUGUCCGUUUGACAAUCUCAGGUGGUUUAUAAUUUUCUAAUGGGGUUAUAAUUUUCUAAUCGUGUAUAUAAUAAUUCAUGAUGCCGCACUGAGAAUACUUUAAAUACAGCACUAGAUUGUCCAAUAGUAAUAUUUAUACCAUAGUAAUUAUAAGUGGUUAUAUAGUACAGUAUUAUAACUAGAAAUUGCAAGUGAAGUGCUGAAAAGUACAACUGCAUAUAAAUGUUCUUCGAACAAAAUUAUUUAUGCGAGUCAAGUGAAAAUAAUGAAUAAUAAAAAUAUA